GCGCAUGAUCGGAUGCGGCAGGUGCUUGUGGGACAUAUUUAUGACGCCGGCUUCUAGCAAAGAGCAGUACGGUAUUGCCUCACGUGAAUGAGUUACUGACGUUCUCACACAGUGAAGACACUGGACCUUGACAACCCAAACACUUCCAACUUGUGUUGUUAACACAUUCAACAGAAAGCAGACCAUGGGGUUCUUCGAUACACUUGCCAAACUCCUUGGGUUGAAAAAGAAGGAGGCCAACGUUCUUGUCGUUGGAUUGGAUAACUGUGGUAAAACAACAAUAAUCAAUCAGUUGAAACCUGAAGACUCCCAGAACACACACGACAUCGUUCCAACAGUUGGAUUCAAUAUAGAAAAGCUGAAGAACAAGAGUCUCCAGUUUACUAUAUUUGACAUGUCAGGGCAGGGUCGCUACCGGAACCUUUGGGAACAUUACUACAAAGAAUGCCAUGGCAUUAUCUUUGUUAUAGAUAGUGCAGAUAAACUGAGGAUGGUGGUUGCUAAGGACGAACUGGACGUGCUACUACAGCAUCAAGACAUCAGAAACCGACGGAUACCUGUGCUUUUCUUCGCUAACAAAAUGGAUUUGAGGGAUGCUGUAUCAAGUGUGAAGUGUUCUAGCUUAAUGGGUCUGUUAACUAUCAGAGAUAAGCCUUGGCAUAUAUGUGCUAGCAAUGCUCUCACAGGGGAGGGCCUCCACGAAGGGGUUGAGUGGUUGACAGACCAGAUUAAAGACUUAGUUAUUGGAAAGAAAUGAUAAUCGCUGCCAAUAUUAAUGAGUACUGUGCAUUUUAAGAAAGAUUUGUUCAUAUGAUCUGGAUAGUUCCAACUUGUGUAUCUAUACAUAAUUGAUUAUCUAUAACAGUUAUGUGAGUUGGAUGAAAUCAUUGUGUGCAUGAUGUUAGAUGAUGCAAAUCAUGUUCCCUGCAUAUGUAAAUGUUAAAGAUCCACAGAAAAUUGAAGUACAUUUUUUUAAUGAAAAUACUUUGACUUGGGAACAGAAACUAAAACACCACCACCUGAAAUGUCAACACAUUUUCAUUAAAUUGUUAAUAUCGUAUAUUUUGAACAUUGUAAUUGGUAUACACAACAAGUGGAGUGUGUAUGUGUGUGUGAGGAAUGAGAAGAGCAACAGCAAGUAAGAAACUAAAGAUGUACAACAUCAAGAACGUGGUACAAUAAUUUAAAACUGUAUAAACAGUUGGUCCCCAGAUACUUGUCCUGGUCAUAGGUGGUUACUGAAUGGUUUGGAAAGGCCAGGGUUUGUGACUUGGUUGAUGGUAUGUGUCAUUUUAGUUUGUUGCUCAGUUCUUAUCACACUGUACUGUCUGAUCCAACAUUGAUUGUUUACAGCUGGUAUAUUGUGUAUGUGUUGUUGAAAAUCAAACCGACUGAUCCUGACAGUAAUACAGACGAUUACCACUAGGGUCCCUGUGUGAAAAUACUAUUCUGUCAGUUGUAAGAGGUUAUGGUACUGUUCCAUCCAGAACAAUAUUUCUUUUAUUGCAGCUAACACUACAAGAGUAGCUACAAGCAUCUUGUUGGUGUCAAUUUAAAGUCUCUUCAAUAUAAAAACACCACAGAGCUGUGUUGCCACUUUUGGUAAUUAAGUGAAAAAACAGUAAUUACUGUUUUCGUUAAAACUGUUGCUCUUUAGGACAUUUACCAUUCACAGGUACAAUCUGAUCCAUGUAAGCCUAAUGAUGUUGAUAAUGAGGUAUUCACAUUGAGCACUCUGUAUGCCAGAACAUUAGUUCACAUUUCAAGGUUGGAACAUUAUUGUAGUUCUACCAUUUGUUCUUUUUCAUUUUCUGUCUAUUCCUUGAUGUUUAAUCAAAGUGUGUAAUAACUUGUGUAGUGGAAUAUGUGAAUAAUGGAAUGCUGGUAUUUUACAUUUUCAUUGUUUCAGGAAUCUCAUUAUAUUGAUUGAAUCUAUUCAAAUGAAUUUAUAUUGAUGGCACUGUACAUUAUUGUGUGAGACCCUUUUACAUGUCCUGACUAUAAGUUAAGUGAACUUUUGUCAUGAUCUGUUUGUACAUUAUUGAUUGUAGACAUCUGGGUCUCACAAAGCACUAAAGUACUGUCGGAAAUAGAAACAAAACUGCUUUUAGGCUGUUACUCUGUAUCCCUAAAAUUUACACAACUACUAAUAGCAUAUGUCGAAAUAACCCACUUCGGCCUAACUGGGCAUUCAGUGGGAUGUGUAAUAGGAUAUCCAUAAAAGCAUGUUUACUGGUAAAAUGGGGCAAAACUUAGAA